UGGCUGUGGCCUGGCGUGACGUGGCAGAGCCUGUGCAGGUGUGGUGGAGCCAUUGUGGCGUGGCCGUGAGCGCAUCGGAGCGCUCUCUGGUGUGUUUUGCCAUCGUGGCGCACGUCUCGUCUCGCAGCAUAACAGACAUCGCCAGCUCUCGAUGCCUCUCCAGAGCAAAGAGGAUCAUCAGGGACCACCUCCAUCCUGGACACCAACUGCUCAGCCUGCUGCCCUCUGGAAGGAGGCACAGGAGUCUCAAAAGCAGUACCAACAGACUGAAGAACAGCUUUUACCCGAGUCACCAGAUGGAGGGCCAGGAAGAAACCCCAAAUGAAAAUGGUGAGGAGGAGUGCCCCACACAAAAUGAAGAGGGCAAAGGGGAGCAGGAAGAGGAAGGAGGGACAGAUGAAGAGAUGGUGGUCGACGGAGGCAUGGAGGAUUGGAACGGAUUUAUUUCAGGGGGAAGAGCUUUGGGUGAAGCAGAGGAAGGGGAGGUGGUCGCUGAAUGGAGACCUGGUGAACCAGUGACCCCACAGCAUGUCUUAUGGCUGAACAGUUACACUAAGGAGUACCUGUGUUCACCAGAGGACAACAUCUACAAUGUCAACUUCUCUCACUUCAAGAUCAGGGAUCUGGGCAGUGGAGCAGUCAUCCUUGAUAUCAAAAAACACGGUCCAGCAGAAAUUCAAGACGUCAUUGAACUUGAUACCAACAGAUUCAUCCAGUAUCAUUUCUCUCCUGCGUUCCUGUCCCUUAGAGAGAUCGGAGCUACGUUGGAGUUCACAGUCGGCAGCAAGGCACUGAACCGCUUCCGUCUGAUUGAGAGGCAUUUUUUCAGAAACCUCCUGCUCAAAACCUUUGACUUCGAGAUUGGCUUCUGCAUCCCACACAGCAGAAACACCUGUGAACACAUCUACAGCUUACCUGAGCUGGAACCAGAGAUAGUUGAGGAAAUGAUUUCCAGCCCAUUUGAGACAUGCUCAGACAGUUUUUACUUUGUCAGUAACAAGCUGAUCAUGCAUCACAAAGCGGAGUACUCCUUCAGCCUGCAAAGAGAGAGCGACAGUUUUAGGGAACAGGGAAACUGUCAGUGAACGGGCCCAGUAAUGACUCUGAUGUUGUUCUAUAAAUUAUGCUUCAGGUUCUUCGACUGUUUUUUUUUUUCUAUGUGGUUUUGUUUGGUGAGACAAAAUCUCAACUAUUGCCUGAAACUUGGGCCUGCCCAUGGGCCCUUGUAAGGUUUUAUUUGAUGAUUUUGAUAUGUAAACAACUGCUGUGUUUGCUGUGUUUAAGUGGUUUACUCAUAUGACCUAUUAAAAGCUACACUCCUAACAGCUUGAUUGAUAUGGACCAUUUCAAGAUACAACCAUCACAGCAGGCAUUUUUAGCCUUUAUUUGAUAGGACAGAUAAGCGUGAAGGGGGGAGAGAGAGAGAGAGGGAGUGACAUGCAGCAAAGGGCCACAGGCUGGAGUCGAACCCAAGCCGCUGCAGCAACAGCCUUGUACAUGGGGCGCCUGCUCUACCACUAAGCCACUGACGCCCCAUGAAACAUUAUUAUAAUCCUCAGAAUAUGAUCCAUUCUUCUAUCUCAGGGGUAGGCAACCUGUGGCUCUAGAGCCACGUGUGACUCUUUAGCCCCUAUCCAGUGGCUCCCUGUGGCUUUGACAAAAAAUUAUAUGGUAAUGACUAACAGCUAUUUUUUUUUUUUUUUUAACAUUUUCAUUUCCAUGUAUCAGUGUUGUAGGCAUAAAAAAAUUCUUACAUUUCUCAAUUGUAAAAAUGUGAAGCCUAUUAAAAAAAAAAGUUUUAA